GCCACUGUUGGGGUCAAACACGGAGAACUCGAGCCAGGGUUUUAAUUAGCGAGUUGUUGAAAUUCAUCAAUUAAAAAAGUCGAAUUAGCGAACAUGACACAUGAAGACAUGUGAUUGGCAAGUGAAUCGAUCAAUGACUGUGUGUCAGUGUUCCAAUUAGAAGAUGGAUGCAACGGAGAAGAAGGCGUCGCGCACAGUUCACUUCUCCGAGGACGAGAGCAGCCUGGUUACGGCCACUUAUGGACCAGAGGACCCCUGGUUCACUGACGAAGAAAUCUCUGCUGAGUUCCUCUCAGCCAAAUACACUGAAUCGUGUGCAAAGCAUGGGGUCGAACCAAUACCAAAAGUUCUGGGGCAACUGCAGGAGUUUAAUUACAAGUUAAGCGAUGAUGAAAGGAUUCCGCUCCUUGACCUCAGUGGCACUCAGCUCGAGUACAUGGCGUGUGAAGCCUUGGAGGAAAUUUUAAAAAGAGUUAGAUUCACCAUUCUGGACUUGGAGAAUACUCAAAUUAGUGAAGAAGGAGCUGUUGCUAUGUUUGAGAUGAUAGAGUAUUAUGAGGCUUGUGAAACUGUGAACAUAUCAAGAAACGCCAAGAUACUAGGCAGAGGCUGGCAAGCGUGUUCUCGGAUGAUAAAAAAGACGCAGUGUUUGAAAGAGCUUAUUGCCAAGGAAACUUGCCUGAAGGAGGAAUUCAUUCCCUUCUUGACUCGCUCGCUGAAAAUUGGGACCCAUCUCUCAGUAUUGAAUUUAGAAAGGUGUCAUUUGCAAGGCAAACCUAUAAUUAUGCUAACCAAUGCACUGAGAAUGAAUAGGAGUUUGCAAGAAAUUUACCUUGGAGAAAACCAUUUAGAGUCGACAGACGCUUACAACCUCUCUAACUUGUUGAGUUAUAACACGUGUUUGCAACUACUUGACCUGAGCAACAACAUUAUAGGGGACAAAGGGGCUCAGCACAUAUGCCAGCGGUUGUCGGGCAACAUUUAUGCCCCUAGCCAGCCGGACUCGCCCUCUAGUCCAGGCGACGACAAGACAGGGUUAAAAGUGCUGGUCAUGUGGAACAAUUGCCUCACACAGUCCAGUGGUCUGCACUUUUCCAAGCUGCUGGAAGUUAACAACGACAUAGAGAUAUUAAACGUCGGGCAUAACAAUUUAACUGACUUUUGGCUUCAAGGCUUGAAAGAGCCUCUCAGACAAAACACGGGACUUUCUCGCUUAGGACUGCAGUCGACCAAGUUAACUUGUACUUCAGCCAAAGACUUGAGUUAUGUUUUUGAGCAUAACAGGACUCUCCAUAGGGUAGAUUUAAGAGACAAUCAGUUUAAGGCUGACGGACUUCAGAGCAUGUAUAAAGGCUUGGAACACAAUGAAAGUAUGACUCAGUUGGACCUGGAUCAAAAUCCAACUUACUUAGAAUCAGAAGACUUGACUCAUUACCAGGCAGCAUUGAACUCCAUAAACGAGCAGCUCAAGCUCAACUCGGAAAAACGCCCACCCAACAGCUAUGCCACAAGAUUGCCACUGAACGUGGGACUGAAUUCAAGAAAGAUUUCCCUCACUUGUGAAAUCAAAAUCCCUCAAACGGUGCCCAAGAAGUCUCUCACGUGUGGAAGACUGCGUUCGCCGGCGCCAAGUCCAACGCCAAGUCCAAUCAUGAGCCCUAUUCCCAGUCCAGGAAAAUCCAGGUUUUCCGUCUCGAGAGUUGCAGAUCCGUCGCCAGCAGUUGUUCCUGAAGUCAGAUCUAGGUUUUCAAUAACUCCUGUCACAGAUAUUCCCAAAAUCAUUUUACCCGAAGAUUCUAAAGUUACGGUCGGGUUCCAAGUUUCGCCACACUCGGGCUUGUCCAACAGUCCUGGAGUUUUCCAGUUUGAGCAGGACACGAACAGCAACCGGAGCUUGAGUGAGCAGAUCGAGAACGAAAUCAACAAGAACAUUAACAACAACGAGAGUGUUGAUUGCGACGAUGAAGUGGAGCAGAUCACCUCCAAGAUUGAGCACGAGAGAGAUGAAAGUCAGAAGAGAGAGGCAGAAGAUUCCAUCAUCUUAGACGUGAAGCCGAAGGAAGAGGAUAAAUUUGACAUCAUCACGGAGAUGAAUCCAGCGUACCUGGACAGUGUCAACACGGACUCUGCACAUUUGAAAGCUGAGAAACAACAAAUGAGCAUUUCACAGACUUUCCCACCGCGAAUCACCGAACCUCGGAAGUUGAAGGAGAAUGCUCACAAUUAUUCAAAUACAGACAACACGCAGAUUUCCAAAUCCGAAUCCAAGUCAACACUGCAAAGUUUGUUUGCACUCUUCCAAAGCCCCUCUCUUAGUUUCACUUCAACCGCGUCGGCUUUUUAUGCCAAAACUGAAGCUAAAAUGUCGCAAAUUGUCCCCAGUCUCAGUUCAAUCUCUUUGGGCUACGAACCGUUCAAGUUUUCUUCCAAGCCCGAAAAGUCACAUUCGAAUCCCAAAAUGCAUUUACCUGGAGAAUUAUUAUGUUCAAACGAAAGGCAUUUAGAGUCCGGGGGAUUGACCAAUCCGCUCUUAGAUAGUACAAACUCCGAAAAUCAACCCGCCUCGACCAGUGACAAGGAAAACACUCUAGAAAUCAGCUCCAGCAAAAAGAAGAAGAGCAAGAAGAAAACCAAAGAGGAGUCGUACUGGGACUUUGGAGAAGACCCUCCAGAGUCAGUACCUGGCACUUCUGACGUCGCGACUUAAUUUAAUUAAUCCUACUGAGCUAUGUGAAUUCCGAAGAAAAAAAUCGUACUGCAGGAGAGUAGCAAGCUAAAUACCUGACAAAAUGCAGUGAGGAGCGGUGGCCUUUGAGGAGAAUUAAACUUCUUUUCCUCGACUGCUUUCAUUGACAAGAAAGAAAUGACGAUUCCCGUGCGCGUGACACUUGAUUUCAGAAAUCACGUUUUCCCGUCUCGGUAGGAACUGUCGUACUCCGAAUCUAGGGUUGUGACACAUUUCGAGCUCAAAUAUUCGGAACGUCGCGGCGGCAGCAUAUUGUUGUUUUUUGCUUGCCGCACGUUUGUCUAUGAUAAUGUGCCAUUUUAGGAAUACUUACUUAAUACGAGGGCGUCUUUUGGCCCCGACAGUUUUUAAAAGACCGGCUGUGGCAGUUCCUACGCGAGAGAGUUUCUUAAGUUGUAGAAUAUUAUAUUCUUUGUCCAGUCGUAACUUGUCCACGCGCGCCAUGCACACACACACACUGAGAGAUACUGAGCCCUUCACUACAUUUCUCCUUGAGAAACAUAAAAGGGAAUAAGCUUCUUGUAACUCGCAAACCGUACUCUACAAAUUUAAAGUGUUCAAUGUUUUACAAGAAAUAACUUCGAGCCACGCACUCGACUGUUAUCACUAAAAAGUAAUUCAUAUUUGCUGGUUAACAUAAUUAAUAUUGUGUAUAUUGACAAGAGAGAGACUUGUUUAAUAACAAUGUGUAAUAUUGAAUGUAACGCUGGCUGUUACCCUCCAAAAAAAAACACGUCAUUUGCGGAAAGAGUUGAAACGGCGAAUAAUAGGUUAUUGAUGGUUGUGCUAUCAAGCAGCAAACUCCGGAUGGAAAAUAUGCUGUUGCGAGAAAGUAAUCAGAUGAAAAAAUGUAACUUAUUAAAAUUUGCAUGACGUCAAUCAAAAAAAGAAUGCAAGUACAACAGAACGACAUCGCAAUUCAGUCAGAGGAUGCAAAGAAACUUAAUCAGGGGAGACGCUGCUGCAUCUUAUUCAAUUUGAAAUAUUAUUAUGUUUGUGAUAAUGUUUGAUGGGGUGAUUAUUUUUCCAUCCUCAGAAAAAAAUACACACGGCACACAUAAAAAAUUGUAAAUAACGCUGAGGAUUGAUCUUAAGGCAGCAAAAUUUGAAAAAUUUUGUAUCUUGAUUUGCAAUCAUUUAAUAUUUUUUCCCUUAGAAUUCUGUUUUCCGUUUAGUUUGUCUAAUGUUAAUAAUUAUAUAUAUUAUACAAUAAUAUUGUUAGUUAGCUCACCUAGAAAAACCAAUUGUGAUAUCAGAUACACUACUUCUUUAAACUGCUAUCCGGAGUGUAGAAAUUGGCAAGAAGUCCCUCGACCAGCCGGUUAUAGUAAAUGAUAGGGAUGUAAAUAUAUUUUCAUAUAGCACCAUCCUCCUAGAUUGUAGUCCUUGCGAAACCCUUGUGUGAUUAUUUAGGAAAUCCCUCUUACUCUCACCAAAUAUAUUUUUAUAUAGACAUUUUAGAGCUGAUCGUGGGACUUUUUGCCUGCUCGAGGAUCCAGUGACACAAACACUACUUUCAGUGAUAGAAAAAAAAACUGUUUAAUUACUUUCCCCCAAAAUUUUAGACACCACCCGUUUGUGAUAUAAAUACGCUAUCAAAAGCUAUUACUUCUCUCUUUGGAAUUCAUCUUGAAAUACCAACAUUGGCCUCAAAUCUGCUGCACCUCUAACAAUUUCGCAAAAAUCAAAAUUCAAUCCUUUGAACACUCUGUUGAUGUUGAAAAGUGUUGAUGGGCAUGAGAUAAAAAAAAAUGUUCUGGCAUGGCAGAAAGAAAGUUGGGAAAGGUGUAGUAUUUUAUAACAUGUUAUAUACUGACAAAACUAAAACAUACGCUUCGUCAACUUAAAUUAAUGAUAAAUAUUCUCCCACCUUUGACCUUCACCACUUCAUACGGAUAAAUAUUAAAAUUCUUUCUUAAGAAAUCAUAAGGUUGAAAAGGACUUUAUACACACAAAACAGUUACUGUAUUCUGGAACUAAUUUAAAGUAUUUUUCGUCACCACUGCCAGACCAAUAUUGAAGUAAUUAUUAAAAAUAUUAAGUUGACUUUUUGAAAAAAUGUACAUUUCUAUUGAUAAAGUUUAAAGUUGAAUGGAGCCACCAACAGACUAUAAUAGUAAAUAUAAUUCCGAAAUUCGUUCCGUGCAACUUUGCUGCUCAGGGUUGAAAUUAAAUGUAAAGAGGUGCUCCAUUCGAGCUUCUCUAAUUUUUUUUUUGUAAGUAUAGUUUUCGUUUUGGAUUUUGUUGUCAUGUGAAAUGGCCAAAGUCAUGAAUAAUGCCAUUUAAUAUUUUAUUUUGUGAUUUUUCUUAAUCGUUUUUUUUUUUU